AUGAUGAUGACAAGGCUGGCGAAGGAUCUUGGUGUCAGCGCAGGGGGUGUUUACUCUAUGGAUAGAGCUCCUCUUUCAUGCUUCCUUCACCCCUCUUUCGAACCUCUCUAUCUUACAGUCUCAAUCGCCGACCCCGGAACCACUGGAUGUUGCUGGGCUGAGACUGACUUUGGACUUGCUUGGAGAGCAUGGGAUUCUGGGACUGGGUUCCCCGCUUUCGCUAUCAAGGGGAGCUCUAUUUCGGGGCGCAGCAACCACGGGCAAACAGCUCCCAAGCACCCAAGCUCCCAAGACCUCACCCACUUGGUUGAUGAACGAUUCCUCAGCUCUCGGCUAAUGCGAUACGAAGAUCCAAAGUUGGGUCGAAACAUGUCGCCAUGCAUGCGGACCGGGGACUGA